AUGGCUGUCAUUGACCAGGUUCUCGGCGAGGUCGCCCAUAUUGUCGUGAGGGCUGCGACGACCACAACGCAUUCUGCGACGGCCACGUCGUCAGACGUCACCAGUCCGCAGACGGCCAUUCCCUCCAACACAAAUAGCUCAAACAACAACAACAAGAGCAGCGGCUCCAGCUCGCCGCUACUCUUCUUUGUCGCUUUGGGCUUUGGCGUAGUCUUUACAAACCUCUGGAUCAUCGUUGGCGUCAAGUACUGCUUCAGGUACAACGCUCGCAAUCGAGCUCGAAACAUGACCAACGAAGAUGGUGAACCCAUCACUCUCGAAAACAUGCCUCGGCCUCACCGAAGAAGGCGUGAGAAGAAGCUUAUGACCAUGGACGAGGUCAAUGACAAAUUCCCCAUGAUGAAGUACAAGACCUGGGUUUCGGAGCGCGCUCGAGAUGGACUACCUACUGCCGGAGGUGUAGGAACGCCUAGUCGCCCAAACAGCAUUCAUCAGGUUGACCUGGCAGUCCCGGAGGUUGCCAAGAAAGAGCGCACGUCAACCGAGGUCCGGGCAGUCGACGAUAUCGCAUCACCAGUCGCAUCUCCGGCCACCGAGGCCGAAUCAGUCAUUGUUGAAAACGUAACCAAGGAUGAUGAGAACAAGAAGGAUAAGAAAGACAACAAAGACACUGCUGCCCCUGUCGGCGAAACCUCUGAGGAGGACGGACCCGUGAUGCCUCAUGACCCCUUGAAACGAACGUCUAGCGAGGAGGAAGAUGAAGAAGACGACGAAGAUGAUGAUGAGCACAUCACAGCCGCCGUUCCUCCCGAACUCCUCAACACAUCCGGCGAUACCUGCGCCAUAUGUAUCGACACCCUCGAAGACGACGAUGAUGUCCGCGGAUUGACAUGCGGCCACACCUUCCAUGCCGUCUGCGUCGAUCCUUGGCUGACUAGCCGUCGCGCAUGCUGCCCGCUGUGCAAGGCCGAUUACUACGUCCCGAAGCCCAGACCCAACCCAGAGAAUGAUCCUGCUACCGCCAGCAAUGCCAACCUGGACCCACACCAGAAUUCUCGCAUGAACUUGCCUGCGAGCCUGACAGCGGCCUUCUUCCGAUCCUCGGGCGGCCGCUCUCGUAAUAACCGCAACCGCAACAGCAACCGAAGCAGUAACCGCAAUAGCAACCGCAAUAAUGGCCGUAGCAAUAACAACAACUCGAGCACCCGGCCUUCUGUGUUCCAGUUCCCAAUACGGAGAAGGGUUCAGUCUACGGCGAUAGAAACCAGAAUAGCACACCAGCAAAACCAGACUACUGAGACCGCUCAGCCAGCUGCUCAGGGUACCCUGCUUUCCUCUGUUCGACACGCUUUCCGCUUCGGACGGUCGACCGAAGCGCCCUCAACAACAAAUGCGGCACCGGCAGUGACCCCGUCGCAGCUAGAGGCAGGCACGCAACCGCCCGCCACCUCUACGUAA